UUGGAGAUCGUAUUUGUGAUUAAAUAAACUGGAUGGACGAAGAGUAAAAAAUGUGCAUUGAUGACACGAACGUCACGUGCGCUGAAAUGUUUAUGAUGAAAUCGAAACUUAGGAAGAGUGAGGAAGUUGUGACGUGGGGGCGGAACAGGUCGUCUGACAUGCCGUCCAGUGGGGUUCUCUCCGAUCUUUAUGGACCGUAGACAUGUUUCCUAAAUGAUUCCUGAUGGAUUCCAUAAAUUACGUUGGAAAGCUGAAAGAGUACGCCGACAGAGAGCGCGUGACCGUCAGCUACGAGGACGUCGCAUCUGAUGGACCGGAUCACAUUAGAAGGUUUACUAUACGGGCCGUUGUGAAUGGAGAAGGAUACCCUGAAGGAGUUGGGAAUAACAAGAAAGAAGCCAAGAAGAAUGCCGCCAGAAACGCCUGGAUGGCCCUGACAGGACAAUCAGCUGAUUCCACAAAGGUACGCCGUCGUUUGAUUGACCGUUGUUUGCAUUUCUCUUUUUGUCAUAGUUUUCCUUCUCUUUCACAGACAGAAAAUGUAGCGGAAGCGUCUUCGUCUGGAUUAAGAAGCGUCAGUUACAUCAGCUGGCUCUAUGACUUUGGCCAGAAGAAGAAGCUGGCUGUGAGGGCCGUGGAGGCGCUCAGCGUUGGAGGCGCCUUUCCUGCUCCACGGUGCAGUUUCGUGGUUGGAGAUAAGGAGUAUCCAGCUGCCGUGGGAAAAACAAAGAAGGAGGCAAAGGAGGAAGCUGCCAAGCUGGUCUAUGAGGAGGUGAUUGGCGGUGAAAGCAUGGAUACUGGACUUGGAAAGGAAAGUUUCUCGUCUCCUGAGCGAAACGAACCGUUGGACGAAGCUUCUUCCGAAUUCUGUGAUCAGAUGAAGAGCUUAAGCAUAAGGGAUGCGGACGGUGGAGUCACGCAAACCAACUUUGUGCAGACCAUAAACCUCUUCUGUCAGCAGAAAAAGCUCCAACCGUCAUACGUUGAAGUGAGAAGAGCCGGUCCUUCUCACAACCCUACAUUUUUCUAUAAAUUACUGCUCAACAAGCAGGAGUAUCCUGUGGCUGAAGGGAGGAGCGUCAAGGAAGCAAGACAGAAGGCCGCUCAGCUGGCCUGGUCCACUAUAAAAGAGCAAUCAGAAACGUCAUUGAGCGACAGUGGAAGGGCCACAGCUUCCACACCGACGAGCACAAAGGACUCUGGACAAGUGCAUUCCAGCAGUGGAAGUGACUGGAUUGAGUUUAAAAGUUCAUCACAACCUUCUAAGAGUCGGGGUCGAACUCCUGAUUCAAGACCCAAAAUCAAACUUGCAGCAAAAUUUGAAGGAGCUCGUUGUCGGAGUAAAGAGGAUGUCAUCAAUUUUAACGGCAUGGAUAAAGGAGAAAGUGAGACUGAAGAAGCACAAACUCCUCUGAUGAACGGCAGGUUUACGUCCGAGUAUGACUGCAUCGAAGGCCUGGGUAGAGGAAAGUUCGGUUUUGUCUACAAGGCCAAACGAAAACUGGAGGGGACCGAUUGUGCUGUGAAGAUUGUGCGCUACAAAAAAGAAGCUCUGCGAGAGGUGAAGGUACUGUCCGACCUCAACCACUGCAACAUCGUCCGCUACUACAUAUGUUGGAUAGAAGACUCCGCUCCUCAGUGGGACGGCUCAACGGACAGCAGCUCUUCAGCGCAGUCGUCCAGCGAUUCGCCUGUAAAGUACCUCUACAUUCAUAUGGAGCUGUGUGACACUAAAACGCUGAGGGCGUGGAUAGAUGAGAAGAACAUGCAGGACCCAAAGAAACCCUGUAAAAGACGGGAGGAGGGUCUAGGCGUCGCCCUGCAGAUAGUGAACGGAGUGGAGCACAUUCACUCCAAGACGCUCAUCCACAGGGACCUGAAGCCUGCAAACAUCUUGUUUGAUCGGAACGGAAUGGUGAAGAUCGGAGACUUUGGCCUCGUCACAGCCGAGAUCGAAGAUGACGCUGAGAACCAGAAGGAGAGAAGUGGGUUCAAAGGGACCCCGUCCUACAUGGCUCCUGAGCAGAAAAGACAAACCGUUUAUAACAAUAAAGUAGAUAUAUUUGCCUUGGGCCUGAUCUACUUCGAACUCCUUUGGAACUUCCCAACUUUUCAUGAAAGGAAUGAGAAUUGGAAGGAUAUCAGACGGCAACAUUUUCCUGAGAAAUUUCGGCGUCAUUUUUAUGAGGAGAGCCAAAUGAUCAAGUCAAUGCUGUCUGUUCAUCCAAAAGAUCGACCAAAAGCCAGCAAACUGAAGGUGGAGUUAGAAAAAUGGGAGAAAGACUUCGCACAACUUCAGAGUAUGGACCGUGAUAGUAGAACUUUGUAAUAAUUCAAAAUUAAUAUGGUUUAUUGGUCCGAUACUAUUGUCAGGAUUAUACCGCGAAGCACAUGUAAUCUACUUUACCAUCAUGUUAGAAUGUGAUUACAAUUACAUUUUUAAUGUUUUACGUUUUUUAAUCCAAUUAAGUGUUAAAUUAUGUAAUUCAGAACUAGUAACACGCUGUACUAAAAAAUGGGUUUUAUGAAAUAAACACAUUUUCUAAUA